CGAAUCUCGACGAUGUGCUCUGAUGUUUUGGCUAAGGAGGCUGCCAUGAGGAAACAAAUAAUCUAAGGGCGGAAAAAGGGAGUAAUUCCUCUGUCGCACGAGUGGCUACGAAGGCAUUGUGUAUAUCCAGAAUGCGUGUUGUGGGGUUGGUGUCUGGUGGGAAGGACAGCUGCUAUAACCUCCUGCAGUGUGUUGCAGCUGGACAUCAAAUUGUGGCACUGGCCAAUCUAGCUCCUGGCCAUGGAGAUGAGUUGGACAGCUACAUGUACCAGAGUGUGGGACAUAUGGGAGUGGCCAUGUAUGCAGAGGCUGUGGGUGUGCCACUGUACCGCCGCAUUAUACAAGGCUCCUCCAUCACCACCACCAAGACGUACAACCCAACGGAGGGGGACGAAGUGGAGGAUCUCUAUUUGCUCUUGAAGGAAGUUCAGGAAAAAUGUUCAAUUGAAGCAGUGAGUGUUGGUGCGGUAUUAUCUGAUUACCAGAGAAUACGUGUGGAAAAUGUUUGUAGUAGACUAGGCCUCGUCUGUUUAGCAUACAUGUGGCGGAGAGACCAGUCGGAAUUAAUACGAGAGAUGGUGGACUGUGGCAUAGAUGCUAUUAUAAUUAAGGUGGCUGCUAUUGGCCUUGAACCAAGAAAACACCUGGGAAAAUCUAUUAGUCAAAUGAUAACUUAUUUAGAAAAAAUGAAAGACAAAUACAGUUUAAAUGUAUGCGGUGAAGGAGGUGAAUAUGAAACCUUUACCUUGGACUGCCCAAUUUUUAGAAAACGGAUUGUUGUGAAAGAUACAGAACUAGUGGAGACAUCAGGAGAUGUUGGUUAUCUUAAUUUUACAUCAUUAGAGCUUGUUGAUAAGGAAAUACCAGAUGAUGUCACCCAGAUGGAGCUAGUAAGGGCAGCGGGUGUGAGAGAUUCUCAGGAGUUCUUGGGAGACCUGAAGCUGCCAGAGGAAGAGCAGCAAGCAGAAGAUCAAGCAAAGGAACUGAACCUGGAGGAGGAUGACUUGUCUUCUACCAGCUAUCAGAAUUUUGAUGCUGGUCACAAUCCAGUAAUGCAAGUACCAGAUAACUUAAGUUACCGAGUUGUCCGUACCACAACUGGCUUUACUUUUGCUGGUAGUUUCUCCGGCAGUACGAUGGACGAUGUUAUUGCCAGCUUAAAAGGUGUUAAGACAUAUUUGAUGGCAAAGCUUUUGACCCUAGUCCACAGGUGUAAAGGUGCACAGCAGACAAUGAUUGGAAUUACAAAAUUAGUACUGCACUAUCUCACAAAUAGCCACUUUAGCACAGCAAGUCCAUACUUUGGCCAACUUGAUGGUUUAGACCCUUCAAGUGCAAUAGGUUAA